ACCCACUUAAAGAAUACAAUACCUUUCCUUUGCAACCUUACCAAAGCUUAGCAUCUAACCAACUCCUCUCCUUAGCCACCAAGAAACCCAUAAUUCUACAUAAAACCAUAACAAACUUCUACAUUCUCAAACUUUAAUUCCACAUCUUACUUCAUCUGCAAGAACAAGAACCUAUUACACGACAAACACAUAUCAUAGUAGAGAGAAGAUUACUGGAGAUAUGAGUGCAGACUGGGGACCAGUGAUUGUAGCAGUGGCUCUGUUCAUCCUACUCUCACCAGGAUUGCUCUUUCAGCUACCGGCGAGGACAAGAGUGAUGGAGUUCGGUAACAUGAGCACAAGCGGCAUUUCUAUUUUGGUCCAUGCCAUUAUUUACUUCUGUAUACUCACUAUCUUGGUCAUAGCCAUACAAAUUCACAUCCAUUUCUGAUCUUAUAUUAUAACAAAAGGCAAGCUUAUUUGGAUUCAAAAUUUGCCUUUUUCUGCUACUUAUUUUUGCUAAUCUAUUGUUCUUAGCUCAUGGUGUUGGUUGUAUACAAAUAAAGAAUCUGUAAUUUUGUAUUUUCCCAAUAUAAUGUCUAACCUUCUAAGUUUCAAAAUCACAUAUAA